AUUACAGAUAAUAAACCACUUCUCAGAGAUGAAUGAACACAUCAUAGACAUUCGCAUACCCAAAGCAUUGGAAGGCAAGAAGAAUGCCAUCGCUUAUUUGGAGCUUAGCAAUGAACCUAGCUACGAGUUUGCAUUAUCAAAACACCACUCAAUGCUGGGUAACAAGCGAAUAAAUGUAUUGUACACGGCACCGAAAAAAGGAAAAGUAACAAAAGCAGGUGCUAAGAGCAAAUCAGCCAAACUAAUAGCUCUACAAAAGAAAGGCAAAUUAGUUGGCAGCAUACCGUUAGCGAAAAAACGCAGCCAACGCCGACUCAAAAUGAAGCAAGCUCAAGCGAAAUUAGCGGCAGAAAACGCUUAAAAUUUAAUAAAAAUAUCAACAUUAUACUCUCGUAUUAUAGUACUGUUAUAACGGAAUUAUGAAGAUCAAUAAUUAUCUUAGAAACGCUAUAAUUACUUGUUUCUCAGUAUCUGUGUUACGCAUGGCUCGAUUGAUUAUCGAAAAUAAGAAAGAAAAACGCUCUCGGAAUAAAGCAGUUCGAAAAACGAGUUAAAGGUUUUUUUUUUUCUUUUAAAAGUAUUAAAAAGAUGCGGAAAUUUUACAGUUUCGUGUUAAGAGUACUGUAAUACGAAUGAAAAUGUUUAUAUUUUUUUAAUAAGCUUUAAAAAAUGGUAAAAUAAUUUUAAGUGUGCAACGCAUACUUAAAUACAAUAAACCUAAAA